AUGGAAAGUCAAUUGUAUACUGGAAAACAGCAUGCAGGGGGAGGCCUUGAAACAUACUUGCUCAAGGACAUUUCUGGAGACUACCUCUAUACAUUUAACGCAGGAUAUAAUGGCCAUACGCCAGUAGGACAUAAUGGCCAUACGCCAGACAUUUCUGGAGACUGCCUCCAUACAUCUAACACAGGACAUAAUAGCCAUACGCCAGUAGGUAUACGCAUCCUGGAUACUAGCAUACAGGGGGAGGCCUUGAAACAUACUUGCUCAAGGACAUUUCUGAAAACUAGCACCAAACAUUUAACGCAGGACAUAAUGGCCAUACGCCAGACAUUUCUGGAGACUAGCACCAAACAUCCAACGCAGGACAUAAUGGCCAUACGUCAGUAG